AUGCUCUCAUUCUCUACUCUCUUCGUCGUCGUCACCAUUGCUAUCACUAUCUGCGGCGCAGCCGACAGUGACACCCAAAACUUGGCUUCCGAGCUCAACGAAAGUAACUUUUUUGGUGCUCCCAUCGUUCCCUGGGCGCAGAAUAGCACGCCGGGAUGGUACUACGGCGACUCUCCUGACAACAUUCCUGACGUCUACUCCGAUUUGCCUUGGCUUAAGGACAAUGCCCUGUGCUCACUCCUCCCGACACUUAAUAAUGGCAUCCAGUGCCCUGCGUCUGUUCUCAGUCUCACUGUGAGCAGUGAUGACUACACCCAGGCGUUUUCCAACUACACCGGCGCCACCGAAUCAAGUGACUAUAUGACCUACGGAUUAGUCGAUACUGUUGCAGACUGCAAGGCCAUGUGUGACAGCGUCACUGGAUGUAUUUUCGUUAAUUCAUACCACGAUGUCAACGGAAAGAACGGAAGUCCUCUGUUGACCUGUUCGCUCUUCACUCACUGCCACACUCUCGUUGACGCGAUCAACCGUGGAGGACAGUCUCAACCUGACGGUUCUAUUGACUUCAUCACUAACAGUGACGGAUAUUGCAGGCAGAAAUGUUCAUGCAACAUCUGA